GCUAACUCGUCACGUUAGGUGCCUGCUAUUUGUUAUCAAACGAUAUCCUGACUUUCCAGGCUAUAUUGACAUGAUUUGCGGCCCCGAUGCAAAUGCGCUGCUGGAGCGCAUUGAGUCUCAAGGUCCGAACGUGAAGGUGGACACAGCUCAGCUCGCCGGACUUGCGGGCGUUGUUUCCGCGCGGAUACAGAUAUCGCCGGAGGUUGUGCGGGGUGAGACAACAUACAAGUUCAUCGUUAGCAUUGAUGACGCAGUUCCGCCGCUCAAGUCAGCAUAUGAGGUAUCGGUAGAACAGUUGGAGCGUUUGAUAGUAUGGCACUAGCGACUGGCUACGUGAACGGCUUACGACUUAGAUGGACAUGUUUCUUUUGAGCACUUGAGCUUGUCAUGCGCUACCCACAUCUUAGCAAUGGACUUGCGCUGCAAACGAUGCCACAAGCUAUGAAGACGGAUGCGGUGGCCUUGGAAUGGAAUGGGAGCAGCCUCUCAGUAGCAUCAGGGCUACUUUUUGGUGUGCCAAGUCUGUUUGUGUGUUCAGGGCCGGGUAGGAAUGGAGCAGGCCAGUGUAGGCUCACCGUCGAAUGAGAAGCUGUGAAUGGGGUAACCUGUAGUGUGGCGGAAGGGCGUCUUGCCCUGGACGGGGACAUGAAGCUCAUGUUUGUAAUCUUCAACUACG